AUGGGUUUGGCCGUAGUGGACGCAAUCGGUGGCCCACGGCGAACCGCCGUGAUUGGCUGUCUUCUACUGUUCUCCUUGCUCAUCUUGAUAGCCGGCUCAAUCAUGCUUGGCAUUGGAAUAUCGAAACUAAAUGAAAGUAGAAGUGAUUCAAACAGCAAGUUGUUUGUUCUCAAUGUACGAGUACCCAAUGUUACGAAUGAUGACUUGAAUGAUUAUAGUAAUGCUGUGAACAGUGUUAAAGAAACAGUGUUAGGGGUAGUUGGCAAAACUGGUGAUGUUAUUGUGUAAGUUUAACUUUCUUGUGAUCUUUAGAGUUUAAAUUUAGUUUUUUAAAUUGAUUUUAAUUCUAAAAUGUGUAUUUUAAAGCUUUAAAAUGACAUUUUAUUUUGUUUUAAAGAUCUGCAGCCUGCAGAAGACAAGUUAUACGAAAGAUGACACUCAUAAUAUAAAAUUGGACUUUUUUUCAAAUAUUUGAAAAAUAAUGGUCAAAAAUAUAUGAAAUCCCUUAAAAUCCAAAAAAAUUUCAAAAAUUAUUUUUUUUUAAAUUCAAAAAUUAAAAAAGUUUUCGAAAAAAAAAUUUAAAAUUUUGAAAAUAUAGCAAAAAAUUUUACAGCCUAGGCCUUUCAAAAUCUUCUUCUCAAGUUUGGAGCCGCGGAUUCGAAGCCAACGACUCUCCAAGAGCAAUAUUGUCAAUAUCUUAUCCUGGAUCUGAAGCUCCAAACAAAGCCGUAUUGACAAAGAAAUUUGAAGACGGAAACUUUGUUGUUAAUAACUUAUACGGUGAGGAUGCUGUACUUGCAAUUUUCUUUUUUUGCAUUUGAUAACUUUUUUGAGAAUUUGUUUUGGGUCCCACCACGAAAACAUGAAAGCCGUAAUUUUCAGUUUUUAGUUUCUUGAUACAAUCUUUUAGACUCUUCUUUCGUUCCAAAUUCAAUUGACCAACAGUUGUGCAAGCCUUCAACUCCAAAUAACGAUGACACAACUACUACAACCUCAGAUGGUACUACUACAUCAGGUGGUUCUUCUACAACAACUGAUGGCCCUGUAACUACGACCACUACUCAUAGACCAAUACCAAACGAUACUUAUGCUCCAUGCGAGGGAACGUUUGUGUUUAUGUUGGAUUAUGGAAAAGGCAGUGAAGAGGUGUUUAAAGUAAGGGAAUGGCUUAUGUUGUACAGCAAGCUUGGGUAGGGUCGGUCGAUUAGGGGUCAGGGUAGAGUAAGGUAAAAUAAGGCAAGGUAAGAUAAGGUAAGAUAGGCUAGGGUAAAGUAGGGUAGGGUAAGAUAGAGCUACAUAAGUCUAACUAUAAAACCCAUCAUACUAUCGUAAAACAUUACUUUUCAGAGCCAAAUCGACUUUGUAUCAAACAAGUUGUUUACCGGAAACUUCAACCACUUCGAACGCUUGACUUUGGGCACAUACUCACAUUUGGCUAGUGUUGAAAACCCUGGAUUUUUCAAGAACUUGCAAAGCGUCCAGGACUAUUUGAAUGGUCACACCCAAAAUGCUAACGAAAAUAGUCCAUUGAGAACGUAAGGAUAACAUUUUCUUUUAGUUCUUUUAUAUCAUUUUAUGAGACAAUGUUAUAUUUCUUUAUAUAAGAUUAUAAAAAAAUAUCAUAUCUCCAUCUUAAUUCAAAAAGUAACCUUUAAAUGAUACUUUCAGAGCCCUAAAAGAGCUAACGAACCUUGAAAUCAACGAAAAAAACCUUCAAUUCAUAGUGUUUGCUUCGAACUUGACGUUAGAAAAGGUGGAAGAUGCUUCAGAAUGGACGGAAACUUUACAAAAAUCUGGUGGUGUUACCAUAGUAUCAUUAGAGAAGGUAUCCAACUUGGAAGAAAUCAAAAAAUCCAUUGGAGCUAAUGUUGUUGUUGUGGACGCCAACAGCAAUCGAGAUGAAUAUGAAAAGCUGUUUUAUGACAUUUAUAACUGUAAGAAUGCUAACAAUUAUAAACAAAAAGAAGGGGAAAAUAAUGUUGAAGAAAAGAAUGUUAUUGUAAGGUCAAAGAGAAGUGUUGAUUUUGAAGCAUUGGCCAAAGACGACGAUAACUGGACCCCAUGCAAAGGCCAAAUCAGCUUCAUUUUGGACACUUCAAGCGAUAUUUCAGAAGACGAUUUUAAUGUAAGUAUUGAGAGAUAAAAAAACUUAUCAGCUUGACCGCAAAAUGUAAAAUUUCAAGCUGGAGGUCUUGUUUUUACAUUUUUUCUCUUCAGCGUGCGACUACCUUUCUGCGUAUAAAAAGGUUAAUUUUUAUCGGUAAAGGUUAAUAUUUUUUUUAAAUCUUGGCAACUUCCUUUUGAUUUAUUAAAACUGUUUAGAGUCUGUUUAUGACUUCUAUUUUUGUUUUUUUAAUUGUCUUUAACUUUUAUUAUAUUUUAGGUAUAAAUGAACGUUUUUAAGUUUUUAGUGUUUUAGGUAAUAUUAGCCUAGAAUCUAGGUUAUAAGAGCUAAAAUAUUAUGGAUUUGGUUUAUAUUAGUAACAUAUUUCUUUUAAUUGAUCAGAUUCAAAAAAUUUAUGAAAUUGUUUUGACUUUGAUGUAAGUGAUACCUAUAAUAUUUUUUGCUCUAGAACUCUCAUUUUUUGGACAAACUGGGCUAAAAUUGAGCUUAAAAGAAGCAUCAUAAUCUAUUCUAACUAUAUAUAACAAAUCUAGGUGUUUUAAUUUACUUUACUUUCUUUUAUACUCAAAAGCCAUAGCCAUACUCUCAUUUUUUCUAAAAAUCUCAGGGUUUUAUUCGAAAACGCGGUAUAUUAUCCUUGUUAAGCUCAUUAAAAUCUCCAAAUAUAAUUUAAAAUAAGUUUGAUGUUUCAGAAGCAAAAGACAUUCUUCACAAGCCAGUUGCUUUACGGAUGGACUCACUUGGAACGGCUCAUCCUUGGCUACUAUAACAAUUUGGCAUUGGUCGAAGCUCCCGGACGAAUCGUCAACUCCAAGCACAUUGACAACUGGUUUGAUGAAUUGAAGCAAGCUAAAACAAAGUCUAAUAUUAGAUUGUAAGUUUUUAUUUAAAAAUAUUGUUCUUUCUGUAUUUAGAGAGUUUCUGAAGUUGUUGUAGGUAUCUUUGAUGGGAUUUUGAUUGUUUUGAUAUCAAAACUGAUGUUUUUAACAGUCAAAUUUGAAUCAAAUGAUUGAAAAUUAAAUAAUCCAACUUUCAGAGCCCUGAAAGAGAUAGUAGAUGGAGGAUCUCAUCAACGCAUCAGUCAUCUACCACAAUAUUACAUCGUAUUCGUCAGUGAGAUUACACAACAGAUUGUGGACGAAGUUCAACCAUAUGUCAAGGAUUUCCGAGGCGACAAAUUGACAUUUGUUGCUGUGAAUGGAGCUGACGUUGGAUUAUUGAAGAAGUUGACUCCGGAUGUGAUUCAAUGGGAUCGGGGACAAUAUGCACCAUCGAACUGGGAGAAGAGCUUUUGGUCGGCGUAUGGCUGCGGUAUGUUUAGAGGCUUUUAAUUUGUUAAACUUAAGUUUUCCAAGGGAAAAUGAAAUGAAAUUUAAAUUUUUGCGAAAAUUUUUUUUUGAAAUUUUAAAAAUUUUAAAAUUUCAGGAGGAAAUCCACCAAAUGGGCCAACCACAACAACUAAUGUGCCCACAACCACGACUACAAUCCGUACUACCACUACCACAAGUGACCCAAGUGCUCCCUAUGAGCCAUGCCGGAAGCAGGUUUAUAUUGUUGUAGAUUCAUCUGGAGGUCAAACUGAAGCUCAGUUUAAUGUAAGUGGCUUGGGAUUUUGUUAUUAUAGUAUUAUUUUUAUUAAAAAUUAUACUUUGGUUAAUUAUGGAUGAUUUUUUUGGUCAAAACAGUGUUUUCUAUGGACUAUUUGACCGGAAAAGUUGUAAAAGUUUUUAAAAUUGGCUAAAAUUUAAAUGUUUUAGGCUAAAUUGAAAAUUAUAAUAUUUCAGGCCCAAAAAGAUGUCAUUGUGAACAAACUGCUCUCUACCUUCAACCACUUUGAACGUAUUUCUAUUGGGCAUUACGAUGAGUUACCUAACAUCAACUCUCCAGGCACUUUUAAGAGCAUCAAUGCGGUCAAAGACGAAUUGGACACAAUCAAUCGGAACUCGAACCAAAUGGGACGGAAGCCUAUGUUGAGAAGGUGAGUGGACAUUUUUGUUUAUGGUAGAAGGUGUACCUGUAAUAUUUGUUGAGAAGGUCUUAUUAGGAAAGUUGGGGAAUAUUGUGACUUGGUCUGGCUGAUUAUGAGGUUUGGGUUGGCAAAGUUUAAAGCUUGUUUAAGCGAAAGAAAGGGCCCAAUGUUUUUUUUUUCUAUUCGAUAAAGAUGGGCCUACAACAUGUUUUAAAAACCUUUAAAUCUGGGGUUGUCUGGCACAUUUUGGACUAGCUUUUUAGCUAGCGGAAAGAAUUUUGUGCUAGUUUUAUAUAUUAUUUUUACUGGCUUAACUAUCUAGGUACACUUACUUACUUACAACAAUAUAUGUUGUGUUUGAUUAUUAUAUGAAGGCUUUAACACUGUGUGCAGCAACCGAAAUAUAAAAUCCUUUACUCUAGUUUACAAACAAUUCACAUAGAACACUAAAACAUGGAUGUAAAUUGAAAAAUUAUACCUAAAUGUUAACUAUAAUAUGAAGAAUUUAAUUUUGUACUCAAAAGACUAUAAAAUAGACUAAAGUAAUACAAGCACAGUUUUACCUCAAGCACUAUAAAAUAAGAACACUUUUACCAAAAACCACGAUUAGGUUGCUGAAAUGAUUCCGAGCUCCUGCUAAAGCAAAUUUUUGCGCUUAGAGGGCACAGAAUUAUUUGAACAACCUACUAUAACAUAAACCCAAAUAAACACCUACUUUUGUAGAGUAUACGACUAUUUCUCACGUCGACCAUACAACACUGAAAUAACCGAACAAACUAUCAUCAUAUUUACCUCGGCCAUCGACCAAGACAUGGUCGAUGAUACGAAAGAGUUCUACUCCGAUAUACAACAAUACGCUCACGUAUCGUUGAUUGGUUUGAACAACAAUGUGGAUGUAAAUCUACUAAAACAGCUGGCUUUUAAUGCUUUCACUUUCGAUGUGACUAGCCCACCAUCUAACAUUGAUGAUAAGCUUCAAGGGGCUGUAUUGUGUUAG